UUUUUUUCUGUCUCUGUAUCUCAGAUUCAUUCUUGGUCAUCGGCUUCUACAGACAACCUCUAUUUCCAUUGUCUCCUUAAACAAAUGCGGAGUUAAUAGUUCCAGUUUGCGUCACGACUGCAGCUCCAUGCCCUUUGCGGAUCUUUCUACAUUAUUAUUGUUAUUAUUAUUGUCUUGCAAUCAAUCUUUUGAUUUUUGGAGAAUUUUUCCUCUCUCACUCUCUCUCUCUUCACCAGGACUCAAAUAUAAAUGUAUAUUAUUUGAGCUGUGAAACUGCUGAGCUCCGCAAGGAAGUUGCCCAAGGCGGACAGGGACCCCGCGGGAUGCUUCCCCUCUUCCACAUCGUGGGUGGAACCUAAAUUUCUGAUUUUCUUACCUUUAAUACUCCCUCCGUGGGUGUCUUCACAUUCCUUCGGUGAUGGGUGCUUAAUGCCAGAUUGUCUCAUGCUCUGCGCAGUAGUUGUUGGGCUCUGCAAAAGAUGUGACUUGUGGUUCACACGCUCUGCCCCCAAACCAGAUAUUCGCAGCUGAAGUGCCACAUUUCCUGCUACACCUCCUGUCCGUUCUCUGCCUUCCCUGGAUUAUGACUUGCUCAUGGGUCUCGGCUAACUCUGCACCUGGGGUCCUUUACCCCCGCCUCAUCAAUCAGUAGAAAAGGGCCGACUUUAAUAAUCUUCAAAGACUCUCGGAUCACGUUCUGUUACUAACCUCUUUGAUCAUGGAAUCUCAGUGGGGCCCGACUUUUCCCCUCCACUCUCCCUCUGUCAUCUUCCUGCUUCUGGCUGCUUCUUACACCUGGCUCUUUCCCAUCACAACCCCUCAGCGAGUCCCGAUAGACCCCCAGGCCGCUCCGGAAUACGCUCACUCCAUCCGACUGGACGGCGACAUCAUACUCGGCGGGCUUUUCCCGGUGCAUUCGCGGGGAGACCGCGGCACGCCUUGCGGGGAGCUGAAAAAGGAGAAGGGCAUCCACCGCCUGGAGGCCAUGAUGUUUGCCAUUGACCUCAUCAACAAGGAUCCCGAACUGCUGCCCAACAUCACGCUGGGGGCCCGGAUCUUGGAUACCUGCUCUAGGGACACGUAUGCUCUGGAGCAGUCCCUGACGUUUGUGCAGGCCCUAAUAGAAAGGGACGGCUCCGACGUCCGCUGCGCCAACGGAGACCCUCCGAUCUUCACCAAGCCCGACAAAAUUGUGGGCGUGAUCGGGGCCGCGUCCAGCUCCGUGUCCAUCAUGGUGGCCAACAUCCUGCGUCUGUUCAAGAUCCCCCAGAUCAGCUACGCCUCCACCGCGCCGGAGCUGAGUGACAACAGCCGCUACGACUUCUUCUCCCGUGUGGUGCCGCCAGAUUCCUACCAGGCUCAGGCCAUGAUGGACAUCGUCACGGCGAUGGAGUGGAACUAUGUGUCCACGCUGGCCUCGGAGGGCAACUAUGGGGAGAGCGGAGUGGAGGCCUUCGUCCAGAUUUCCAGAGAAACUGGUGGUGUGUGUAUUGCCCAGUCUUUAAAGAUCCCGAGGGAGCCAAGAGUGGGGGAGUUUGAUAAGAUCAUCAGGCGACUAAUGGAGACUUCCAAUGCCAGGGCCAUCAUCAUGUUUGCCAAUGAAGAUGACAUACGGCGAGUUCUUGAUGCUGCUAAAAGAAGCAACCAGACUGGUCACUUCUUGUGGGUUGGAUCAGACAGCUGGGGGUCCAAGAGCUCUCCCGUGACUGGCCAAGAGAUGGUUGCCGAGGGAGCCAUCACUAUCCUACCCAAACGAGUGUCUGUGGAUGCAUUUGACCGGUAUUUCCGCAGCCGAUCUCUGUCCAACAACAGAAGAAAUGUUUGGUUUGCUGAGUUCUGGGAGGAGAACUUCGACUGCAGGCUCGGAAUGCACGGCAAACGGACCAGUGCGCUGAAGAAGUGCACAGGUUUAGAAAAAGUGGGCAGGGACUCAAACUACGAGCAAGAAGGAAAGGUUCAGUUUGUGAUGGACGCCGUCUACGCCAUGGCGCACGCUCUGCAUCAUAUGCACCGAGAGCUCUGCUACGGCUACCCUGGCCUCUGCCCGCGCAUGGCUAACAUCGAUGGCAAAGAACUGCUCAGCCACAUUCGUGCAGUCAAGUUCAAUGGAAGUGCCGGUACACCAGUAAUGUUCAAUGAGAAUGGAGAUGCUCCGGGAAGGUACGACAUCUUCCAGUACCAGUCUAUCAACAAUUCCAAGCCAGAGUACAGACUUAUCGGCUCAUGGACCAACAAAUUACAUUUGAAGAUGGACGCAAUGCACUGGAAGACAGGCGACCAAUCCCUGCCGGCUUCCGUGUGCAGUUUGCCCUGUCGUACAGGCCAAAGAAAGAAGGUGGUAAAAGGAGUGCCAUGCUGCUGGCACUGCGAAAGCUGUGAAGGAUACCACUAUCAGGCCUCAGAGUUCACAUGCGAGCUGUGUCCCUACGAGAUGCGACCAGAUACAAACCGAACAGGGUGCGUUCCGAUUCCUAUCAUCAAGCUCGAGUGGCACUCCCCCUGGGCCGUCGUGCCCGUCUUCAUCUCCAUGUUGGGGAUUAUUGCCACCUCCUUCGUCAUUGUCACUUUUGUGCGGUACAACGACACGCCCAUCGUCCGCGCGUCCGGCCGGGAGAUGAGUUACGUGCUCCUGACUGGAAUCUUCCUGUGCUACGCCAUCACCUUCCUAAUGAUCGCAACGCCGGAUGUGGGUGUGUGCUCACUGCGGAGGAUUUUUCUGGGCUUGGGCAUGUGUUUCAGCUACGCCGCACUGCUCACAAAGACUAACAGGAUACACCGCAUCUUUGAACAAGGGAAAAAGUCUGUUACAGCACCCAGGUUCAUCUCCCCUGCCUCGCAGCUUGUCAUCACCUUCUCUCUGAUCUCAGUUCAGCUUCUUGGGGUGUUCCUCUGGUUCGCUGUGGACCCUCCCCACAUUGUAGUGGACUACGGAGAGCAACGGACCCAGGACCCCAUGUCGGCCCGUGGAGUUCUCAAAUGCGAUAUCUCUGACCUGUCUCUCAUCUGCUCCUUGGGUUACUCCAUUCUGCUCAUGGUGACAUGCACAGUUUAUGCCAUAAAGACACGAGGCGUGCCCGAAACCUUCAACGAGGCCAAGCCCAUCGGAUUUACCAUGUAUACCACGUGUAUCAUCUGGCUGGCAUUCAUCCCCAUAUUCUUUGGCACAUCACAAUCUGCAGAGAGGAUGUAUAUCCAAACUACCACCCUGACAAUCUCCCUCAGCCUCUCCGCCUCCGUAUCUCUGGGGAUGCUCUACAUGCCCAAGGUCUACAUCAUCCUCUUCCACCCGGAGCAGAACGUGCCCAAAAGGAAACGCAGCUUCAAGGCAAUUGUGACAGCAGCCGCCAUGUCGGGAAAGCUGGCCCAGAAGGGAGGAGACAGGCCAAACGGAGAAGUCAAGACCGAACUGUGUGAGAGCAUGGAGACCAACACUUCGUCAACUAAGACAACAUAUGUCAGCUACAGUAAUCACGCCAUCUGACGGGACUACGGAGGCAGAGGACGGGUCUUCUAGGAGCCGAGUAGAAGAGGAGGAAGUGUGGGAUCACAACUGAUUUUGCCGGGGGACAAAACGGUGAAUGCACAGAGUGCCCAACAGAAAUCAAGCAUGAGACAUUUUGUAUUCGUUACCCAUCAAAACCACAGAGGUGGGACCACUCAAACAGCCAGUCAGUGUGCCUGCUUUGCUGCUACUCUCAGCUCAUUGGUCCUGCCAUGAACUUACCUGUUUAAAGAAGAAAAAAAAAUCCAUAAAGUGACAUACCACAAGACAAUGGACAGCAAAAAACACAAAAAGGCUAAAAAAAAUUAUAAAAAUGAAUAUCUUUAAAAAAGGUCUGAAGAUGUGUAGAGAUUAUAUAUAAAAGGGCAAAGGUGGAGCUGAAAAAGAGAUUUAACAAAUUACAUUUUAAAAGAUAUUUAAAAAGAGAAAUGUAUGAGAAAAUCUGAGACUCAAAGUGUUUGUUGUUGUUCUCUACUUGUAAGUAUUUUUGUGGUUGUGGCAACUUUUUCCAUUCUCGUCUCACCGUUGUCUUUGGAUCGCCCUUGCAUAAUGAGAUGAGUGUGUUUCCUCCUUCUGUCUUGGCGAUCCGGGUUGUAGCCUUGGGUUGCGAACCUGUAAAAUGCCAUGGUUGAAGCAUGCCCGUUUUUAUACAAAAAGGAGAUUUAUUUAUAAUAAAGGAAUGUUUUGCAAAUGUGUA